GGGGAGAGCGCAGGGUGGUCUUGGGCGGCUCCUCUUUCCCGGGAACUCUGUAAGCCGGAGCCCGGCUUGGGUCACCUUUGCCCUCUGCUCAGGUAGACCCCAUUCCUGUCUGCACACGGCAACUGGGACCCGAGCCUCCCGCCGGGCCCAGGGCUUCCUGAGAACUUGGUUCGAGACCGGCGGAGGCUGGAGAGGGGGUGUACGCUGCGCUGUAGGAGUUCGCGUAAGUGGGGUUGCUGGAGGCACGCGAGUUCAGCGUUGACCGAAACACUAGGGGUCUGUGCUCUGUCUCCGGAGCUGGUCUCGAGGGGUCUCCCCACCCAGACCACCAGGACCCCCAUUUCCAGAAGAAUGGCCCAGAUAUCUCAAGUGCAGGAACUCUUCCACGAGGCAGCCCAGCAGGAGGCCCUGGCCCAGCCCCAGCCCUGGUGGAAGAUCCAGCUGUUCGUAUGGGAGCCGGUGCUGUUCGGGACCUGGGACGGUGUGUUCACCUCCUGCAUGAUCAACAUUUUUGGGGUUGUCCUUUUCUUAAGGACCGGCUGGCUGGUGGGAAACACAGGCGUGCUUAUGGGUGUGUUUCUGGUGUCCUUCGUCGCCCUGGUGGCCCUGGUCACUGUGCUAUCCGGCAUCGGGGUUGGGAAGCACUGCGGCGUGGGCAGCGGCGGCGUGUACUCCAUGAUUGCUGCGGUCCUUGGUGGGCAGACGGGAGGCACCAUCGGGCUGCUGUAUGUGUUUGGACAGUGUGUUGCAGGUGCCAUGUACAUCACCGGCUUCGCUGAAUCCGUCUCAGAUCUUCUGAGUCUCAGGAAUAUCUGGGCCGUGCGAGGAAUUUCAGUCGCCGUGCUUCUGGCCUUGCUGGGGAUUAACCUGGCAGGUGUCAAAUGGAUAAUCCGCCUCCAGCUGCUGCUGCUGCUCCUGCUCGCCGUGUCCACCCUGGACUUUGUGGUGGGCUCUUUCACGCACCUGGACCCAGAACAUGGUUUUAUUGGAUAUUCACCAGAACUGCUACAGAACAACACUCUGCCAGAUUACAGCCCUGGAGAGUCCUUUUUCACUGUCUUCGGGGUGUUCUUCCCUGCAGCUACAGGAGUCAUGGCCGGCUUCAACAUGGGGGGCGACCUCAGGGAGCCUGCUGCCAGCAUCCCCCUGGGCUCCCUAGUAGCCAUUGGCAUCUCGUGGUUUCUGUACAUCGUCUUUGUCUUCCUGCUCGGCGCCAUCUGCACCCGAGAGGCCCUUCGCUAUGACUUCCUGAUAGCAGAAAAGGUGUCCCUAGUGGGUUUCCUAUUCCUUUUGGGCUUGUACAUCUCAUCUUUGGCCUCCUGUAUGGGAGGCCUCUAUGGAGCCCCCCGGAUCCUGCAGUGCAUCGCCCAGGAGAAAGUGAUCCCCGCGCUGGCCUGCUUGGGGCAAGGGAAAGGGCCAAAUAAAACGCCUGUAGCUGCCAUCUGCCUGACCAGCUUGGUGACCAUGGCCUUUGUCCUCGUGGGCCAGGUGAACGUCCUGGCCCCCAUCGUCACCAUCAACUUCAUGCUGACAUACAUCACGGUGGACUACUCUUACUUCUCCCUGUCCAUGGGUGGCUGUAGCCUCUCGGAGAGGCCUGAGUUGGUGCCCGGGGAGGGCCUGGGUGCUCUCCACUGCUCUGAGCCCCUGCUUCUGGAGAAGGCUCCCAGUUAUGGCUCUGAGGGCAUUGUCCAGGGCCCCUCUGAGGGCACUCUGCUAGAAUUCACCAAGGACAUGGAUCAGCUCCUCCAGCUAACCAGGAAGCUUGAGAGUACCCAGCCCAGGGGAGGAGAGAGCCAUGGGAUCCUAGAGAAUCAGAAGGAGAAGACCAAGAAGGCCAGCAAGCAAACCCUCCAAGAGAGCUUCCUCUUGGACCUCAGGUCCCCUGCUUCCUUCUCUCCUGGGGACACUGAUGGAUGGCCUACUGCCUCCUGGGAAGGGCAGGGGCCCCACGGGAAUGCACAGAGUACCAGAAGUGAAGGGGAUCAGCCUAGGGGAGCCUAUGGAGCAAAACUCAUCCCUGAGCCAAGUAACCAGCCUAGGCCAAGCAGAGAAGAUUUCUUCCUGAAGUCCAGGCUACAGGAACAAGAUAUCCAGAGGAGACCAACUUCUUUCUACACUCACAUAUGCAAUCCCUGGGUCUCCCUGUUGGGGGCUGUUGUGUCCCUUCUCAUCAUGUUUGUCAUCCAGUGGGUCUAUACCCUGGUUAACAUAGGUGUUGCUGCCAUUGUAUAUUUCUACAUCGGUCGGACGAAUCCCGGACUUCACCUUGGUUUAGCCUCCAACUUCAGCCUUUUAAGAUGGAUGAGAUCCCUUCUGAUCCCCUCCUACAGGAAUCAAGAACAGAGGCUUUCUUUACAAUCUGGUUGCUGAGAGGUCUAAGUCAAGCGAGUUACUUUUAGUGAGUUCACAAUCUAAGACACAUUAGCAUCAGUCCUGACUCACACACACACUCAAGGCCCAGAACUUGCAUUCUUCCAUCUCAAGUCAGGGGUAGUUGACAUGACUGCGUUGGUGAAAGUGCAGAGACCACGUACAGAAACAGAGUAGUGACCCUGCAGGAUUUCUGUGGGACUUCAAUGUUCAAAUACCCAAGGAGAGGGAAGAACAAACUUUCCUGAGAAACAGCAGAAAGCCUUUCAGGGAAGGUAAGAUUUCAUGAGUGCCCCAGUUUCUUUCCUCCUCCUCUAUGCUUCCAGUGCCAAUGCUUGCUCACCUUUGGAAGCCUCAAGACUCUGGGAAUUUUUAUUUAUUUAUAUUGUUUUCGGCAGUACUGGGUCUUUGUUGCUGCACGUGGCUUUCUCUACUUCUGGCAAGCGGAGGUUGCUGUCUAGCUGUGGUGCUCAGGCUUCUCAUUGCGGCAGCUUCUCUUGUUGCUGAGCAUGGGCUCCAGAUAUGCCAGCUUAAGUAGCCGCAGCGUGGGCACUCAGUGGCUACAGUUCCUGAGCUCUAGAGUACAGGCGUAGUAGUUGAGGUGCACGGGCUUAGCUGCCCCACAGCGUGUGGAACCUCCCUGGACUGGAAAUUAAGCCUGUGUUCCCUGCAUCAGCAGGCAGAUUCUCAACCACUGGACUACCAGGGAAGUGCCCAAGAAUUUAAGACAAUAUAAGCACUGCCAGUCUGUUCCAGUCAGCCCAAGAAUGACCUGGAUGCUAAACCAGGAUGCUAAACCCUGGAUGCUAGAGAAAUGACGAUGACAGGAGCAGGGGUCAUGGAAACCAACAGGGAGGGGGCUGGCAGGGAGAGUGGUGUGGAGAGGGGCAGUUCCCUGCCAUCUGCUUGGAAGCUGAACUGAAUGUCCUGUGUGAAGCUGUAGGAGGCGUGGGGCCACUCUCUGCCUCUCUUUCAGGCUGAGGCACCAGCUUGGUGACUCAGGUCACAAUACACCUGCACUGAUCCUAGUCCUGAGGCAAGUAGAGGUUAAGCAGAAAUAGAUUCUGUGUGGAAGCUGCCUUCAGAUUCUGGAGCUGCAACUGGUGUGUGGCUGAGUGUCUUUGGCCUUAUCCAAUUUACAUGAAUAUUUUUAGAUAUUGUAGGUUUGAAAGCCUACAAAUGACUAUGGGAGGUCAGCAUUCCUUUUUGAUCUCUGAAUUUCUGGGAUUUCACCUCAGAGGUCACUGUUGUGCUAUGUAGAAAGAAGAAUGCGGUAGGAGGAGAUUAUUCUUAGAAAAUGACAGUGCUUUGUUUGGAAGAGAACCUAGUUCACACUAUCCAUAUCUCCGUGGACUUGUCGAGUGGGUGGUAGAGGCCUCAGCUAAGAGUCAGCAUCAAGCUUACUGGCCUCCUCAUGGCUACUGAGUGAUAUCUUGGGGUGACUGUUCAGGGGAAAGGACCUAGAAAUCGUGACCAUUUAAAAGUAGGAAUUGGUUGCUGUGUUUUCUUUUUUGUAAUUUUGAAUUUUUUUCACAACUGUCACCCCAGAUGCUCUUCAAAACCAAAGAAGAAGAAUACUGUAGGGUGUUUUGGGCAAAGAAGUUUGGGUAUAUUACUUCCUGUUACACCUACAAUUCCCAGAAUUAUGUAAAAUUAAGCCUGACCUUAGAGAAGCUUUCUUUCCUGAAGUCUCAGCAACUGCCCAGGUGAGAACUCUUAGGCCGUUCUAGACUAGAAAGUGAAGUGUAUUAUUUCCCUGAACUCAGAAAAAUAUUAUGGUUUGACCUUAAACACAUGUUGACUGGUAUGGCAUUUCUGUCACUUCCUAACCUUACUUCUUGCACAUUCAACCUUUAUAGAAGUUAGUUCAUUUCUCAGAAAGCCCAACCCGUCUAAUUUAGAUAUGUUCUCAUCAAGUGGCUGCAAAGCCUUAGUCAUGUGAUCUGAACUCCUAUAACAGCAUGUUUUUCUAGUCAGUGAAGCUUUCUGCUUAAGUUCCACAGAUUUAUAACAAGGUUUCUACCAUUUUUUAAAAACAACUAUCAAAUAUACUCCCUAUUUAGACAAUUCAACGUAACUACCCACAAAGUAAAGAUUUAAGAGGAAAUCUAUGCCUAAGGUGAUUUCAGGACCUGACAUACUGCAGCAGCUAGAAGAGGGUUGAGAAGGUGAGGAAAUAGAAGCAGAAGGAGGUGAGGAGGUUCGCCUGAGGCCGCCAGGCUGGCUGGUGACAGAGCUGUGACUGUCUUCUUUGGAUAUCCUGUCUGUCAGGCUCGUCUUUCUGCUGCCAGCACUUUCCUCACGUAUCCCUAACAUUUUUCUCUACCAGUUUCUCCCAACUCCAACUCUAUGUGGACCUUUCUGUGAUACUGGAGCUCACUUUUUGCCUGCAGGCCAGCUUGGUGCCAAAGCUUUUACGCUUUACCGCGUAACUGCUUACUCUGUAAACCUUGGCUGUUCCUCAUUCAUCUUUCUUUCCGGUGAACUAAAGAGAAGGUUUUUCUUUUUAUUCGCUUCCACUCUCCAGCCUCACCAUUCCAUUAUUUCAUUCGACAAAAAGGCAAAGUAGAGCUAUAGAGCCCCAACACCACAACAUUUGGAAGAUUAUUUUUAUAGUUUUAUACAUUUCUGCUAAGGAAGGUAAAUAUCAUUCUUUAUUUGAUACUUAUUUCUAAUACUUUGGAUUCAAGAAGCGUUGUACAUAGAGCUUUCAACAGUUCUGUUGUUUAAUACAUAUUAAGUAAUAGGCACAAUGGUGUUUUUGCAAAUCCUUUCUCUCUCCUAGCGAAGACUGACUGCCAGCGGUUAGUACUAUGGUCUUUCCUUCUGACUGCCCUCCAUGUUUCUCU